GUUUUUCUUGUAGGUGUAUACUUGUUCUUCUUUGUUAUACGUUCGAUUCAAUUCCCCUCUUCUCCCAUAAAAAAAUACCAGGAACAGAAAACAAUUCAUUCUUCAGAUUUAUUUGCAAAUACGAAAUAUAUAUACUACAAAGUGACAUACUCAAAUCAAUAUAUUUGAAAUAUAAUACGAGGGGUUACAUAGAGUCGGUCUAAAAGUGCCAAAAAGUGAGCUAUGGGUUGCAAAAAAGGAGGAUUUUUGGCGCCGGAAGAGAAAGGCGUAGAUGCUACAUUGAGCGAUGCUUUAUUAUUCACAACUAUGUGUAUUAUUGGCCUCCCAGUUGAUGUUUAUGUCAAAGAUGGUUCUGUUUAUUCGGGUAUUUUUCACACUGCCUGUGUAGAUGAUGACUAUGCUAUUGUUUUGAAGAGAGCAAAGAUGAGUAAGAGGGGUAAUCGAAAGGCAAAUAUUGCACGUGGAAAUUUCAUAGAGACACUUGUAAUUCUGUCUGAAGAUCUUGUUCAAGUUGUCGCAAAGGGGGUUACGCUAUCUGCUGAUAGUAUUCCAGGACAUUUCGAUGGGGAUAGUUUAGGAACCAUUUCUAGCAAUAUCACUUGCCCUGAAUGUCCAAAGAAGGAUAUAAGAGCAACAAAGUCAAAUGAGUCUACCGUGGAUGCAGCGAAAGCUAGUAAAGAAAGACUUGUGCGUGAUGUCUUAAUCAAUAAGCAAAGCGAUUGCAGGGAAAGCCAUGAGUCUCUAAGGGAGAGAACUAUCCUUGAAGUUCAAAGCUCAAGCUCAAAUCUGGAUGUUUCUGUAACUCAAUCAACUGCCAUUAAGAAUGUUGACUUCAAAGCAAACUCGGAGUUGUCAUCAAAUGGCAUAACUUGUGGUAGUCCUCCUCUUUCCUCAGUCAGACUUGAUGAUCGGAAUAAUGAAAGGCACAGCCAUGAGCAGCAGACUCUAGGCAAGACUCCUUGUUUGGGCCCUGCUUCCUCUGGUGCUCCAAUUACCUCAGUCUCACGCGUCAGUUCAUCAUCAGCUCCAGCUGAUUUGGCGCCUCCACGAAGUUCAAUUCAUAAUGCUAAUACGAAGGAGUCUAAGCUCAACCCUGGGGCAAAGAUAUUUUCUCCAUCGGCUUUGCAUCAUAGAACUGUUACUCCUUCUGUGAUGCCAACAAUGGCGUACAUGCCAGAUUCCUGUCCUGUAGUACCGGUGGCUACAGCUGAGCCUGAAGUUGAAAUCACCCCUUUUGCUUCUCACCCAUCUGUGCCAGUUAAGUUUGUUCCUUAUAAUAAUUUGGCAGCUGGAAAUGGUGGCUUGGACGUACAAUAUGCUCAACAGACUAUUGGAUACAUGGGAAGCAGGAAUCAGCAGGCUAGGUAUGCCGGUCAGUAUCAUCAGAUUCAGGCUGCAACCGGUUAUGUGCAUCCAAAUUCUCAAAAUGUUAUGUUUGGACGGUUGGGACCACUUGUUUAUAUGCAUCCCGUUUCUCAUGAUAUUGUUCAGAGUGCAGUGGGGUUCUCUCAAGUAUCCACACGUCCUCUAUUAAUUCCACAUCCGGUCCAUCCUCCUAAGCAUCAAGGAAGUACAGCAACGCAAGCAUUGCAGUUAUAUAUGGCUCCCCCAGUUAUAACAGGGUUACAACAACCAUUCACUAUGCCAAGCAUUCCUAUUACACAGGCGUCUUUUCCUGUUAUACGGCCUAUGCAAAUCCCAGGAUCUAAUGGAUUUUUGCCUAACAAGUUUGCAUGAAUAUACUUCUGUAGUUGAAAUAUGCUGCCUGUUGAGAUUCUUUUUUCGUCUGUUCUCAAUCGCUGGCAGGGUGAUUCUUUUCUAAAGAUUCCGGUCUUACUGUAUGAGCAGGUUAUUCUUUAUUAGUAGGGAGAGGCAUUAACAUUGUAUAUUGAGUUACACAGAGAGUUGCUUUUGUUUGAAGGUAAAGGAGGACUUCACUCGGGGGUUCUUGUUUUGAUGGUGAUACAAAGGAGACAGAUUUCCAGUUUUGAACUGCAGGAAAACAAAUUUUUGGGUGUCAAGAUCGCACUUUUUUUAUGAUUCAUACAGCUUAAAUGUCAGAUGUUAAAUUGGAAUUGAAAUAUACAGUGACGUGAUAGCUCCUUGUUAAAUUUUGAUCACUAUUCUAGUCCAUUUUGCCAUGUGUUUUGGUUAUCCAUCAUGUAAUAGUUUGGUUGCUAAGCUUUGAUCAUUA